GCUGGCCGGAGCAGCUUCACGGGCGCAGGUCUCGCUCAUCAGCACGUCGUUCGUGCUCAAGGGGGACGCGACGCACAACCAGGCGAUGGUGCACUGGACGGGGGAGAACAGCAGCAAAUCAAUGCAAAGGAUCCUUAACACCCAAAGUGAACUAGCUCACAGUCCUGGAGGCUGCAAGUCCGACAGCGUGGCUCCAGCGCGGUCCCGUUCUGCUGAGAGUCCUCUUCUGGGUGCAGACAGCUGCCUUCUCCUGGUGAUUUUGAUCCUGACGAAGUAUUACCAUGCAGACAUGGGGAAGGUUCUGGAAAGUUCUCUGUGGCGGUCUUCGGAUUUUGGGACAUCCUACACCAAGCUCACCCUCCAGCCCGGUGUCACCACCGUCAUCGACAACUUCUACAUCUGCCCGACCAACAAGAGAAAGAUCAUCCUGGUGAGCUCCUCGCUCAGCGACCGGGACCAGAGCCUAUUCCUCAGCACGGACGAGGGCGCCACCUUCCAGAAGCAGCUCAUCCCCUUCUCUGUGGAGACGCUGAUUUUCCACCCCCGGGAGGAGGACAAGGUGCUGGCCUACACCCGGGAGAGCAAGCUCUAUGUAUCGUCUGACCUGGGGAAGAAGUGGAUGCUCCUGCAGGAGCGAGUGACCAAAGACCACGUGUUCUGGGCUGUGUCUGGGGUGGACGCCGACCCUGACCUGGUCCACGUGGAAGCCCAGGACGUCGGAGGAGGUUUCCGGUACGUCACCUGCCAGACCCACAGUUGCUCCGAUCAGACGCUGACGGUGCCGUUCGCAGGCCCCAUUGACCACGGCUCACUGACGGUGCAGGACGAUUACAUCUUCUUUAAGGCAACCUCAACAAACCAGACCAAAUACUACAUCUCUUAUCGCCGCAAUGAAUUUGUCCUGAUGAAGCUGCCGAAGUACGCACUGCCUAAGGAUCUGCAGGUCAUCAGCACAGAUGAGAGCCAGGUGUUCGUGGCGGUGCAGGAGUGGUACCAGACCGACACCUACAACCUGUACCAGUCGGACCCGAGCGGCGUGCGCUACUCGCUGGUGCUGGAGGACGUGCGCAGCUCGCGGCAGGCGGAGGAGAACGUGAUCAUCGACAUCCUCCAGGUCCGAGGGGUGAAAGGAGUCUUCCUGGCAAACCAAAAAGUUGACGGAAAGGUGGUGACGCUUAUAACCUACAACAAAGGCCGAGACUGGGACUACCUGAGGCCGCCCAGCACGGACAUGAACGGAAAACCCACCAGCUGCAAGCCACCGGACUGCCACCUCCACCUGCACCUGCGCUGGGCAGACAACCCCUAUGUGUCGGGCACUGUGCACACCAAGGACACCGCGCCGGGCCUCAUCAUGGGUGCAGGGAACCUGGGCUCCCAGCUGGUGGAAUAUAAAGAGGAGAUGUACAUCACGUCGGACUGUGGGCACACCUGGAGGCAGGUGUUCGAGGAAGAGCACCACAUCCUCUACCUGGACCACGGUGGCGUGAUCGUGGCCAUCAAAGACACCUCCAUCCCCUUGAAGAUCCUGAAGUUCAGCGUGGACGAGGGCCUCACCUGGAGCACGCACAACUUCACCAGCACCUCCGUGUUUGUGGACGGGCUGCUGAGUGAGCCGGGGGACGAGACGCUGGUCAUGACCGUUUUCGGCCACAUCAGCUUCCGCUCUGACUGGGAGCUGGUCAAGGUGGAUUUCCGGCCCUCGUUCUCCAGGCAGUGCGGCGAGGACGACUACGGCUCCUGGGACCUCAGCAACCUGCAGGGCGACCGCUGCAUCAUGGGCCAGCAGAGGAGCUUCCGGAGGAGAAAGCCCGCGUCCUGGUGCAUCAAGGGGCGGAGCUUCACGGCGGCGCUCACGGCCCGCGUGUGCCAGUGCCGGGCCUCCGACUUCCUCUGUGACUAUGGAUUUGAGCGCUCCUCCUUCGAGUCCGAUGCCAACAAGUGCUUUGCCAACUUCUGGUUUAACCCCAUGUCCCCGCCUGAUGACUGUGUCCUGGGCCAGACCUACACCAGCAGCCUCGGGUACCGGAAGGUGGUGUCCAACGUGUGUGAGGGCGGCGUGGACCCGCGCCAGAGCCCGGCGCAGCUGCAGUGCCCGCUCCUGCCGCCCCGGGGCCUGCAGGUCAGCAUCCGUGGAGAGGCGGUGGCUGUGCGACCAGGAGAGGACGUCCUAUUCGUGGUGCGGCAGGAGCAGGGUGAUGUCCUGACCACCAAGUACCAGGUGGACCUUGGGGACGGCUUCAAGGCCAUGUACGUGAACCUCACAUUGACUGGGGAGCCCAUCCGGCACCGCUACGAGAGUCCCGGCGUCUACCGCGUGUCUGUCAGGGCCGAGAACGUGGCAGGCCACGACGAGGCGGUGCUCUUUGUCCAGGCUGCAGCCCCCCUGCAGGCCCUCUACCUUGAAGUGGUUCCUGUCACUGGCGUGAACCAGGAGGUGAACCUCACAGCUGUGCUGCUGCCCCUGAACCCCAACCUCACCGUCUUCUACUGGUGGAUCGGUCACAGCCUGCAGCCCUUGCUCUCCCUGGAGAACUCUGUGACGACACGGUUUGGGGACACGGGGGACGUGCGUGUGACGGUGCAGGCCGCCUGCGGGACCUCGGUGCUGCAGGACUCCAAGGUGGUCCGCGUGCUGGAUCAAUUUCAGGUGGUGCCUCUGCAGUUUUCCAAGGACCUGGACGCCCACAAUCCCAACACCCCUGAGUGGAGAGAGGACGUUGGCCUGGUGGUGUCCCGACUCCUCUCCAAGGAGACCGGCAUCCCUGAAGAGCUGCUGGUGACCGUUGUAAAGCCGGGGCUGCCCACCUCGGCCGACCUGCAUGUGCUCCUGCCCCCUCCCAGGCCCACGAGGAAGAGGAGUCCCACAGGCGACAAGAGGCUCACGGCCAUCCAGCAGGCACUGAACGCACAGAAGAUCAGCUUUCUUCUGCGAGGUGGGGUCCGGGUCCUGGUAGCCAUGAGGGACGUGGACACAGAUUCUCCGAGGCUGGGAGGAGGUGGCGGCUACUGGGCGGUGGCGGUCCUCUUUGUCAUCGGGCUCUUCACGGUGGGGGCCUUCAUCCUCUACAAGUUCAAAAGGAAACGCCCCGGCAGGACCGUGUAUGCCCAGAUGCACAACGAGAAGGAGCAGGAAAUGACCAGCCCCGUGAGCCGCAGCCAGGGCGCGCAGAGCGCCAUCCAGGGUGAAGGGUUAAUAGAUGAUGACCUCCACCCACAGACUCUAGGGAACCACUCCGGUGUGGUCCUGAGCAUCAACUCCCGGGAGAUGCACAGCUACCUGGUGAGCUGAUGCACCGGAGGCCCUCGCCCAGAACUCUCUCCAGUCUGUCGCUUCAUCCCCUGCGGAGAGCACAGGACCACACGUGCCCCCGGCACUGGGGCUGGGACUGGCACCCCCUCAGAGACCUCGGGAAAGACACCUCCAGCUGCGCCCACGCAAGGCGACAGAUGCCCCCUCUGUCCAGUUAAAGCCUGCCCAGCCCGCGGACGCAUGCGGACCCGCCGGCUCCCACCCUCCCUGGACACAGGCCCAUGGCGCCGCCCAGCUACACCCCCCCCCAAACCCUGGUCACUCCCCCUCAGCCGCCCUGGCUGCCCACACCACAUCACCCCAGCCGAGGCUGGGCCCACCUCCUCACGCCGAGGCUGGGCCCCCCUGGAGCCUGGGAGAUGAGCCUGCUGGGCUGCCUGCACUCUCAGAACCACAGACCCACCCGGCCCUGCACCGCGGGCUCCUGUCCCUGCAGAGGGACACUGCAGCCCUGCUUUCUUCCUCACAAACCCCAGCAAGGCGGCUCCUGCCCGCAUGGCGUCUCUCUGCAGGGCAUCCACCCCUCCAGGAUCCAGUCCCUCCCGCUGUCCCCCCAGUUUUUAAACUGCGGAUAAUGUAAAUACCUCUCUAGGUAGCUGUUUGCAUUUGGUGGGGAGGGUUUUUCAACUUCCUAUUUUUAUCGCCAGGCAAUAGCCCCAUUCUCGGGAACCCAUUUCUAGAACACCCAGGGAUGCUCCUCAGCCUCUCCUGGGAGCCUUGUCUCCCGGAGCCCACCGGGCAAAGGCUCUCUCUGGCCCCCACUCCCCCCCCCCGCCCUUUGGGGGCCCACGGGGGUCCAAGGGAGCCAGUGCCUGCACUUCCGCAGGCAGCCAGUAGGUGGCGCCCCCGCGCACGUUUCCCGACGGUGGGCCCCUCCUCUUAGUGGGCACGCGGCCUCUGGAAGGACGGAGUGUUCUGUGCUUCCUCAUAGUUUGAGGGGCGCGGGUAGAAACCCAGGAGCCAGAAGAGGUUUAGGACGCAGAGCUGGAAGGGCCACCAGGAGUGUGCCCCUCCUUUUGAAGAUGCAGAAACUGGCCCAGAGAGGGAGUGACUUUCCCAAGGUCACACAGCAAGACAAUUAGCAGAGGCGCCCCAGGAACCAGCCCUCUGCUCCCCGUGCAGUGCAAGUCUGGUCACUCCCAGAUGCUUAGAUUCAGGGACCCCAGGAGUAUACGGGGGCGGGUUUUCACCUUUUGCCUUGAAAUUGAAAAUCAGGACCCCCUGCUCCCCCGACUCCCCUCCCCCAGGCUGGGCUUCCAGGUGGUCGGGGCCUUCUCCUCAGCGGCGGGGACACCACAGCCCAGGCUAGGAGCCCGCUGGCCGUGGUGAGUCCAGAAUGAAGUCUAGGGGACACUAACCCACCUCCUUAGAGAAGAAGCAGGGCCUGUGGGGGAGGGGGGACCCGGGGAUGGAUCCUCACGCCCAGGGCCACCCCACACGCGGAGUCCCUCAGUCUUUGUGGAGUGGGGGGGGGUCCCUGGAGCCCAGCCCCCUGGGGGCACACGUGGGGACUCAGAGCAACUCUGAGACCAGCUCGCAAGGGGUCACUGCAGGUCACAGGGCCAGGCGCAGAGACAUCCCCCUCCCCACCCUGCCUUCCCCACCCCUGCAGAUCGCACCUGGCAAGUUGUCCUCAAAACCCUCCUUGGGGAGGGGCUGGGGCAGGGGACCUGAGACCGGAGCUGGGGGUCUGUGUGGAAAGAGGCUGGAUUCUCCGGGCCCUUGCCUGCUCCCUGCCCGCCUGCAGUCUCCAGACACACCUUAGUAAACCUUGUGUCCGGCCGCCCACCCAACCCGGCCUGUCUGGUGAGCGGCGGACCAGGAUCAGACGCCCAUCAGGACCGUCCGGCACGGAGUCCCCGGGACACAGCCCCGAGCUCGCCGGGGCCUGCGGGUGGCGACCCCUUGGACCUCCCCAGACCCUCUGCUCCGUCUCUCGCUAUUUGGGUGGGGUUUCCCCUUAGCUCUUUGUAUUUUUCUUGUAUUUUAUGUUAUUAUUUCUAUUAAAAACCUUUUGGGGGAAGAGUUGGCAUCUAUAACCUUACACUUUUCCUGCCCUGUAACCAUAUAGAUGGACACGUAGGUCUGCGGGGUCAUCUGGCUACACGUUUGAGGGUCUAUCUGACGUGCAGGGACCCCCGGGCACCCGGGCCCGAGCCGGCACCUGCUGUGGGCAGCUGAUGUUCCAUUCCACCAGGUUGAGCCCAGACUCCGUAUAUGCACAUACAGAGAGGCGAUCAAUUCUUUCUUACUUUUCCUUUUUAAAAAUCAAUAAAUAAUUUGUGAUGCUUUUAACAAAGAUUAAA